UGCAUGCUGAACAGCCUAGUAUUAGGACGACCUUUAACGAAGUUGAUAAUUUGCCCAUACCAAAUAUCUAUUUUAAUCACUUAUAUGAUUUCACCAUUGUCUGUAGUCUUACUAGUGGUAUUGCAACUAGUGAUUGUACUGAAUUUAUCAUUAAUACAAGACAGAAUAAUCCUGAAAUUAGUGCUUACAGUUAUACUGGAGCGUUUCAACCAAAUAACAGCGCUAUUUCUCGAACGAAUGGUGUUCUUUUUGAUCUUUUAAUAUUUAUCACUGAUCCUCAAUAUAAUUCAUCAAAUCAAACUUCCUUCAUGGAAAUGGUGGCAUUUGAUAAAGGCAAGGCAUUUUAUGAAAUAUUUGUUAAUUAUCUAACAGUAGUUAAUAUGAAAGUAAAUGAUUAA